UGCGUGUUCAAAAGUUGGAGAAAGUUGACACAAAAACAAAAGUUUGCUGAGCUGCCCACCAGGCCACGAGGAGCACGAUUCGCUCGUCCGGGUGCAAAAGGCCAAGCCCCCCAGCGGCGUCACAUGAUGAACUGAUCCACCGCACCCUGUUGACUUUCUGCAGCUGCGUGCCUGCGUCGUCACAUCACCGCGAAGCAAGAUCCAGCAGAAAGCCAACACAGAGGCGCCCGUGAUCCGGCGGAAGGCGCGAGCCAUGGAGAUCGCCACGGUGGACGUCCGCGGCGUGGAGCCCGGCGGGCCGGGGUGGGCGGCCGCCCGCGACGCGGUGACCGCGUCCAUGGUGGCGCACGGCUUCGUCGUCGUCGCGCACGGCGCGCUCGGCCCGGACCUCCGCCGGGCGCUGUUCGCCCGCGCCCUGCCGGAGAUCUUCGCGCUCCCGCUCGAGGCCAAGAAGCAGACGGUGUCCGCCAAGGGGCAGUUCAGGGGCUACAUCGGCCAGCUCCCCGGCAUGAACUGGGAGAGCCUCCGCGUCGAUGAGCCCACCAACGCCGCCAGCGUCCGCGGCUUCGCCGACCUCCUCUGGCCGGACGGCAACCCGGAGUUCUGCGAGACGAUCGUGUCGUUCGCCAAGAACAUGCUGAAGCUGGAGGAGAUGGUGGAGACGCUGGUCCUGGAGGGCCUCGGCGUCCGGGGAGAGGGCGUCCGCGCCCACUUCGACAUGCUCGGCCACGGCAUCCGGCUGUCGCACUACGGCGCGCCGCCGGACACGGAGGCCGCCAUCUCCAUGCAGGCGCACUACGACGACAGCAUGGUCACCACGAUCGUGCAGCACGAGGUGGAAGGCCUUGAGGUGCACGUCGGGGACGGGCGCUGGGCCGCCGUCCCUGCCGAGCCCGGCACCUUCGCCUUCGUCGCCGGCGAGCAGCUCAGGGUCGCCACCAACGGGCGCGUGCCGGCGUGCCUCCACCGCGUGCGGACGCCGAGCAACCGCGAGCGGUUCACGGUGCUGUUCGGCCGCCGGCAGAAGGACGGCGUCGCGGUGCGCGCGCUGGACGACCUCGUCGACGCGGAGCACCCGCUGCUGUACAACCCCCUGAGGCACGAGGAGUACUCCAAGUGGCGCUACUCCGAGGAAGGGCUCAAGUUCGAGGAUCCACUCAAGGUGUUCUGCGGUGUGGAGAAGGUCGGAGCCAUGGUCUGAUGGAAGCUUGCAUGUCAGCUCGUCGAUCCGUUCGGAAGUCGCCAUUGUGAAUAAAUGUGCUGUACUGUUAUCCAGUGCUCUAUUGAAACUUGUGACCAAUAAUUAUCAUCUUACAAACAGAAACUGAACUUUAUAAAUUCAGAAGUGAUGAGAGUAUAUUUGUCUUUGAAAACAAAA